GAAACAACUUCUAUUUCUUACCAGAAUGAUCGAUCAAGCAAUGAAUUUUUAUCAAACCCACACAUACAUGAAGGCUUUCUUAUGGAGGAUCCCUGCGCAACCAAAGUCAAUGCUGACAAUUUGGGAUCACAAUCAGACAAUGAUUUGCCUAUGGCAAACAAUAAUGAAGGCUACACCAAUCAGUCCGAAUAUAACUCCGGGAUCGAGCAAACAAACACUGAUUUGGAUAUGGAGCCACAAUCCAACAAGAAUUUCGAUACAUCGGAUGUCCCACCUCAAUCUCCUGAAGAUAUAUUGGUUGGUGAUGGAGUUCAGCACAACUGGAAACAAUACCGGGAGGUAUUUGGCCAGUUGGGCAUCCAUGAUGUGGUUGAUGGUUUUGUCGAGGACUCCAUUGAAAGAACGACAUUUAAAACCCCGGUGCUUGGUGAUGACCCCAUGGAUGUCUUGAUUACCCCACUCCCAUCAGAAGAGCCUAAUAAGCCUGAUACACAUCAAGGAAAUCCCAUUUAUGACACUGCCAACAAAGAUUCCCUUUGUUUGAAUACCCCUUCUGCUCUCGAGGGUAACGAAUACAAUCCAUCUUGCUCCAAGGUUAAGCACAUUGAUUAUGAUCCCAGUUUCGAUAAAAGUGACAACCUAACUGCCAUCAAAUCUCCAAUGGCUGCUGACAUUAUUCAACCUCUUACAACGAAGCUUCAAAACCAAUUUGAGGAUGAAUUCUAUAGAUUAUUUUCACCUCAGUCUGUGGUAGAUACCUCCAGGCAACCCAAAGCUGCAUAUAACCCUCUUAAGGAAACAUUGGCUACUCUCCCUGUGUCUGAAUAUGUUAUAGAUACACGUGUUGAACCAAUGGAUGAAGAUAAUCCACUGAAGCCUUUGGUAUUUGCUGAAGAUGUCACAAUAAAGGAAACAUUGGUUAGUGUUAUUGCAUCUCAGAAAAUGAUUGAUACACCUAUGCAACAAAUCUCUGAAGAUAAUCCACUGCAGGGUAAACUCUUCUUAAGGGAAAACAUUGAUGGACAAAACAUUGUGGAUAAUCAGGAUAAUAACUCGCAACUGUCUAACACAUCUGACCCUAUAGAAGAGGAUUUAGUUGAUGUUUCAGAUUCAUCACCAGCACGAUCGAGAGAAAAACCUAUUCUUUCGGAAGCUGAGUCUUUUCUUGUAGCUGAGUUUUUAUCAAAACCAAAAAUGGAGGCAUACCAACUUUUACCACUCCUAAAAAAGGCAGAUUAUGCCCAUUUUUUGGACACCCUUUCAUCAGCUCCUAAUACGGAACAUGUUACGGAUUCUGGAUUCCUAUUUCCCAACUCAUUCCUCCUCAAGCUUGCAAAACCUCAAAAUUGGGUUUCAACUCUGCACAUGGAGGUUUUAGUGGAGUUACUUUCUAGUAGGCUUGCAACAAGACUUGCCACACAGCGUGCUGCUUUUGUUGAACCAUGGUUUGCUAACCAUUUACAAGGAAAAUACAAAUCUUUCAAAGCAGCAAAAAUCAAAUCUCGCGUCCGCUGGUCCGAUCCCAUGAAACGCUUUAUCGUUGGCCCCACCACCGAGUGGUUCACAGACAUUGAUACCAUUUAUGUACCUAUGAUCUGGAAUUCUUCCCACUGGGUAGGCCUUUCAAUCAAUCUAGGAGUCUGGGAAGUUGAAAUUCUCGACCCAAAUACUGACCUCAAUCCGGAGGAAAAAGUUAAAGAAUUUAUCGAGCCUGUGGUUACCCUUUUGCCACACCUCAUCCAGAGAAUGUUAGAUCUGGUGACUGUGGCCCCGUUGCUAUGAAAUUUCUUGAGAUAAUGGCAAGUGAUAAACUCCCAGACCAAAU